AUGGGGUCGGGGUCGUCAGGGUCUAUGACUUCCCACGGACCAUCACAGACAGACAGUUCAAUGGAACCAUCUAAAGAUAGGGAGACGUUGAAAUUACACCAUUCGUCUAGAUCUACGGAAUCGGGACAUUACGAAAGCGAUCCGACAUUGGUAGACGUCCUGACGGACAAUUUGAGAAGUAGCCGGGCUUACAGUAACGUGUCUAGUACAAAGGCGAGUAGAGGUAACAAAGAUGGUACGGACGUAUCAAAGACAGACUCUCACAGACUUGAGAAUUUUGUCUCCGAUAACAGUAAAAGUGAAAGCUCCACGAGCUCACGUACUUUUAAUAAAAGUUCGAACGCCUUAGUGUCCACCGCCUUCAAGGCAUGGAUGAAUAACGUAUUUAAAGGCGACAGUUACCAACACGGAAAAGCUGUGCGUGACCACGGAAGCAGUGACGUUUCUUAUCAUAAAAAAGGUCUCGAUAACCGAUCCGACGGAGAUUCUUUCCGGAACUCAAAGGGAUACAGUGAGAAGCAAAACACCAAAGCCAUGAGAAAUGACGCUUCCAAAUCGGAUAGCAGUCAAGGUUCAAAAUAUUCACAUUCAGGCGGAUUUUGUUAUGUGUCGAAGUCAAAUGCUUUUUCCUUUGGGAAUGCAGUGAGCGACUCUAAGUCCGGUAAUUCUUGGCGGAGUAGCCGUGGAUUGGACCACCAGGGAAAAAGUGACAGUACACGUCACCGUUGUGGUCUGGAUGACGCGGGCUCGAGUCAGACUCGCCGAUUCUCAAAGGCUGUUAACGACAGCAAGGCAAGUAAUGCUAUGAUAAGUUCACGGAGUAUGACAAACAACAGCUCAGGUGAAGUACUGUAUAAUGUUAAAAGUUACAAUCAACAAACCGCUUCAAAGACACACGAAUCAAGUCGGACUGGUAAAAAUGAGACUGACGGAGGUAGCAUUCGAGAUUCUCGAGCAAUCAGUGCCCACACGACGGGUCAUGCUGUACGGCACAGCAAGGGCAUUAACGACACUUCCGCUUCGCAAAGUCUUUCAAAUAGUCGUGGUGUUGAUGUCCGCGCUGUCGGAAGUGCUGCGCCGUACAGUAAAACGGUGAAAGACAUCACAAACCAAGAUCACGUGCAGUCAACACGUGGUCUUAACAUGCAUUCGAACCAUGCGUCACUAACACAAACAAUUCCGUUUGAAAAUAUUGCAGGUUAUGAAGAGAGAUUCCAUAAAAUAGAUUUAAACGGAUCCGGAAAUACCGAAGGUACAAAUUGA